CGCGGGUUCAACUAAUGCCCAUCGUUUCGCGCCGCCAACGCGUGCGGUGCAAGUUAGCUGCUUGGCGCCGCAGUAGCGGCAUCCUCUUAUGAUGUCUGGCAACUCUCUCGACCAUUGGGAGAUGCCGCAGACCGAACGGCGCUCGCCCAUGCCGCCGUCGCCGUCGGCGUGGCGGGGCUCACGUGAAGCGCGAGGCCGGCGCUGCGGUCGAGCGUCGCUGUCCACCGAACGAGGAGCACAGAUGAAACGUUCUGACUCAGAAAUUAACUGAGCAGAUCACAGGGCUUUGCGAUCGCUUCUCGGUCCUAUCAUGUCCUAAAUAUACCAUGCGCUUCUAGCACGUCUUUGCCCGAUGCGGCCCCCGCGCCAACAGCGCGGCCACGAACGCCGUCCGGCUGCACUCUGCCGGUGCCCGUGUUACGUGCUUGUGCUUGCCCUCGGCCUUUGCUAUUCGACCUGGCACGGGCAGCGCGCUAAACAGCACACCGACACUGCUGUUUUGCGUGUGCGAUCAUCGACGCUACCACCCUGCUGCUCUGGGGAACCGCUUUUUGCCCCCCCUGCCGGCCCUGCCGUCUCUGAUGUCGUCUUACCGCGCAGCAGCGCAGCACAAGACGCUCCGACGUGUCCGUUGUACAGCGCACACGCUCAGCUCGGAGAAAACUUGAGGCGGUCGUUCCAGAAAGCGAGUCCUUCUAGAAACCUUCCAUCACCGAGGCGCUGUUGUCCGGCGCACAGGGGCAGGCCUGAGGUGCCGCCCGGCUGCAGAUGCGCUCGACGGCCACGGUUUGAUUGCACGCGCCCUGGGGUUGACCCUAGUCGGACCCGUCAGAGCACCGGGCUGGAGCCAGAGCUUGUUAACUCCCGUCAUGGCGGUACGCACCCCAGUCGCAGGGAUCGCCUGGUCACUUUCAAGGCUCACUCGAGCGUCCACCGCAUUUGUGAACACUUAUGCACUCCUGCUGAAGCGGGAGGAAGCAGCCACGAUGCGGUCUCCAAAGAGGAAGCCAGGGCACGGCCGUGGUGAGCGGCCCUGGUCCACUUCUGGGGCCUCUCUUAGUCGCUCUUGUAUUUAUCGGAAUAGCCUCCCUACGUGAGAUCGAUUCUUAUCGUCCCUGACAAUACCAUAAGCUCGUUUUUCUGUCUGCGCCUUGGAUCUGCUUCGACACCAUUCUCGCUUGACUUGUUCGAAGACCGAUCUGCAAUCUUCCAAGUUGGUCAACGUUGAACCGUCCUAGGGGCCAAUCAUCCUAAGCCAGCAACUGCGAGACAUCGCGACUCCGCCACUGUCCGCCACACUGCUCCACGGUACCAGCCUU